AUAUCUCAACUAUUCAUUGUUCGACGCCGUUUCAUAUCCCUGAAGGUGUGAAACAGAAAGUGGGCGAGCAGCGACCCAUUUGUUUGCACUGAGGGAACUACGCGGCCAAGCACAAGAUUUAGGGCUUUGCGAGUUCUGCAAUCUGAUCCAUUUCUCGAAUGGGAGUGGAUUUGUUCGAAUCGUAAAGGACAGAAGAUUCAAAGUGCCGACGAGAAAUCAGAUAUUUCCGGCGAUGGUUUUGAAGCAAAGUUGAAGUGGAUUUUCCUACAUCAAAACCAGGCAGGAAGGAGACAUUUUGUGCAUGGAGGGCAAUGAGCUAAUAGCCACGAGGUCAGGUUCGUAGAUGAAUUGGUUAGAAACCCAUUGAAGCAAGCAAAUCAGGUUUGUUUAGCUGACACUUGAAUUCAUAUUACCUUGAUAUAUUAUACUUAAAUUUUCAGUUUUAGCUGACAUCACAGCUCGGUUUAUUAAAAUCAGUCCCUGGUCCACCCGACAAGGAACCUUGGUUGAAGCAACUAAUCUCUAUAUCUUACUGCUUGUGUGUCUCUGAAAAUCUGAAUCGUUUACUUAUUGAUUGUUAGGAGAUGGAAAAAUGUGGGGUUUUAACUUUUUGCCCCGCAUAUGAUUGAGAAGCAAGCAAGGUGGAAAAAAAUUAACAAAAAAAAAAUGGUCUCUCUCAAAGCUGUGGCUGGUGGCAUUUGACAUUGACACUAGCUCUGUUGACAAAUUAAAUUAGAGUUUAGGUUUGAAAGAGCUAGCUUAUGAAAUAAGAAAAUAUCGGUCUUGCAGAAACAAUCGCCAUGGAGUUUGUGCCAAUCACAGAGAUACCCCUGGAAAAGGAUACUGAGGAGGUAGGAAAUUUAGCAAAAGAACAAAAGGAAGGAGACAAUCGCCAGCGAAUGCAAUAGGUCCAUUCUCGACCGUGUGAAGAAUUUCUCACGAUUUAUAAGGGUUGAUUACAAAUAAAUUUGCAUCUAAAUC